UCAUUCUUCUAAACAUGCAUGUUUUAAAUGCAGAAAACUUUUUAAAACUAAUGAUACUUCAGACCAAUCAAAUAUUGACAAUUAUACUUUACGAACUAUUGAAGAACAUAAAAUAAUAGCUGAGAAAUGGAAAUAUUCUGUAUCUAGUGAGCGUAAACAGUUGUUUGAUCAAUAUGGUAUUCGAUGGUCAAGUUUUCUUCAAUUAUCAUAUUUUGAUCCAAUAAAAUUUUCUGUUUUUGAUCCGAUGCAUAAUAUUUUUCUUGGAACAGCUUAUAAAAUGAUGAAAAUUUGGACAAUAGAAACUGAUUUAAUUUCAAAAAAUCAACUUAUUAAUAUUCAAAAUAUU